AGUCCCUGGAGAAGACUCACACUGUCACGAUAAGAACAUGCAAAGUUCACACAGGCAGGGGCCGCGAUCGAGCCCGGGUCCUCAGAACUGUGAGGCCAACGCUUUACCAGCUGACCCACCGUGCUCCCUGUGAGUUGGGGGCGCUGCAGAACGCGCGCCGUGAUUCUUUUCCCAGGUCUCGUCUGCUUGAACUGCGGUCGAGGUGUGCGGUGAAAGUCGGAAGUUGGAGUUUCACCAAGUGACACUUGACGCAAACGAAAUGGCAGAAGACGGCACUUAUGAAUCGAUGCUCUGUGUCAAGCCCGAGGUCCACGUCUACCGGAUUCCGCCGAGGGCGUCGAACCGUGGUUAUCGCGCUGCUGAUUGGAAGCUGGACGAACCCGCAUGGAGUGGGAGAAUGAAAAUAACCGCGAAAGGAAAGCUAGCGUACAUCAAGUUGGAGGACAAAAACACAGGAGAGCUUUUUGCACAAGCUCCAGUUGAACAGUAUCCAGGCAGUGUAGUUGAAGCAGUCACAGACUCCAGCAGGUACUUUGUGAUCAGGAUAGAGGAUGGAAAUGGUCGUCAUGCUUUUAUCGGUCUGGGCUUUGCUGAUCGAGGAGACUCUUUUGACUUCAACGUUGCUUUGCAAGACCAUUUUAAGUGGGUAAAGCAAGAAGGUGAGCUGGCCAAAUUGGAAGCAACCCAGAGUACCGCACCAAAGCUGGACCUGAGCUUCAAGGAAGGGCAGACCAUCAAGAUCAGCAUCGGGAAUAUCAAGAAGAAGGAUGCAUCUGGGGCCAAGCCGCGUCCCGCGGCGGGUGGUCUGCUCCCACCUCCACCGGGAGUUAAGGCGGGGGGCGUCAUCCCACCUCCUGGCGGCCAGCACACUGUCACACCUGCACAAGAACCGCAACAACAAACAAACAUCGGCUCUCUUUUAGACUUUGGGUCCCCCCUCUCUGAAACCCAAUCCAGCUCUGACGUGUGGGGAGAUUUCACAUCUGCAGGUUCCAACGCCAGUAAAGACGCCGUCAAACCAGGCUGGGUGCAGUUCAGCUGAAUGCGGACAAACGCGCACGCGCUCUGUUUGCGUACAUUCCGUGGAUGGGAUGAUUGGGUGGCAACAACAACAACGAAAAAGUGGUAAACAUGUCUGAUAACUCACAGCAGCCACCACGUGAGGGACACGUACCAGCUUGCUCUAAAAAAGGAAACAUGGUCACAUCUUUAUUAUUAUUUUUACAAUAUUGUCCCUUUUCACUCCCCUUUGUAUGAGGAUCCUUCUAUGGUUUUAGUAGCCAAGUAUCCACAAAAUCUAUUUGUAUGUAUUAUUUUCUCCAUUAUUGCAUCAAAUCAAUCACCAGAUUUUUUUUUAGGACUCACGGAACCUUUUGGAAAUCUGUGCAGAAUCAAAUGAGAUGUCUUUUCCCUUCAGUCUUACUCAGCACAUUCUUCUUCAGAUCUGAAGAGUUAUGUUUUCCUUUUAGAUUUUUUUUUGUUUUUUUUUUUUUUGGCAUUUUCAUUACCGGUAUAUAUUUUUUUAGGAGGACCUGCAAUACUGAGCUCAUUGAUUAUGUUGCUAUUUUAAUGAAUAGUUUUACAUGUUGUCCUUUCAUUUUUCACCUAAAGAGCUUUUAAAACAUGAUUAUGAUUUCAAUUUUUUGUUUGUCUUUGUUUACCCAGUAAGUUGUUUUUUUUUUUUUUUGUCCUUUUGUGCCUUUUACCAAAAAAUGUCCUUAUUCAAAAGUUGCACUGAGUAUUUAAGUGCCUCAUCAAAAAAAAUAAAUGUAUAAAAUGUAAACCUUUGUAAAUAAACAGUAUAUUUCA